GUAAACUUCAAUAAGGGAGCUGCUGCCAAAAGCUUUCUUCUCGACUCUCCCGCUCCGCUCAGGUGUGUAGCCUCUUUCACUUUCUCCCUCUUCUGUUUCCGUUUUCUUCCGAAACCCUAAAACUGUGGAAGAAGACUCACCGUUGAAAUUGAAGCUGUAGUAGCUCUCCCGGAGGAGUUUUCUUCACACUCUCUUCGGAGAAAUUCCGCUAGGGCUAUAUAUACUGGGGAAAAAGAAGAGUGGUGGAAUUAAUUUAAUAUCCUUAUGGAGGAAGAGGAGGUUGUGAUGGCUGAGAAUGGUAGUUUAGAGUCUCAUGAUGACAUAGUCCGGAUUAAUGGUGUUCUUAAAGAGAAUGAGAAUCCGAAUGUUGAUUUUCUUGAGGAUUUAGAUUCUUACUGGGAGGAUAUAAAUGAUCGUUUGACUAUCUCACGAGUUGUGAGCGACUCGAUUAUAAGGGGAAUGGUAAAUGCAAUCGAGUCCGAGGCUGCUGAGAAGAUAGCUCAGAAAGACCUUGAAUUGUCAAGAAUCAGGGAGACACUGUUUCUGUACCAUGUUGGCUCUGAAGAGACUGAAGCCUCCGAGUCCCGUUUGAUGCAUGAUAAGGCGUCUUUGGACACUCCAGAUGGAUUUACUCAAGGAUCUUUAGGCAGUCUGAAAACUGAAGCGAGAAAACAGUUGGUGAUGCUCGUUCAAGAACUCACCAAUUUGAGAAAGUAUAUCCAUAUCAAUAGAGCAGACUCCACCGUUGAUGAGAUCGAGUCUAAAACCGUAGAUAAAAUGCUUGAUUCCUUAAAGAGUAUUCUAGAGACUGUGAUGAAACGGAAGAAUGAAAUGGAGCUCCCCUCCUCGUGGCAACAGGAGCAUGAUUUUCAGAAAGAAAUUGAGUCUGGUGUGGUGACUAGUUUUGUUCGGAGUCUCAAGGAUGAGUAUCAACAGAGGUUAUUGGAGCAAGAAGCUGAGUUUGGUGGUAAGAAGAGUUUGUUACUCGGGAAUGUCAAAGAGAUUACUGGUCUCCGCCAGGAAUUAGAAGCGAUUCGUAAAUCGCUCUCUGAUCAUGAAAAUGGGGACAUCGAGGCGGGGGAGAAAGGGGACCGGAAAAGAGUGGAGCAAUUGCACCGCAAGAUGUCGGGAAGCCUUAGUUCAGCUUCUUCGGUUUUGGAUACAAAUGGUAAGCAUGAAGACAGUUCUGUUGACUUAACACCCGAGAAUUUUGAGCGUUUAAAACACUUAUCACAUGAUGAUUUGUUCAACCACUUCAAGGCCAAGAUGAAUAAAAUGAAAAGAAACCAUGAUUAUGAGAUACAGGAGAUGACAGAGCAAUGUUUUACCUUUAAGCGGAAGUACUUGAAUUUAAAGGAAAGAGGUUCUUUUUCUUUUGUGGGGAAGGAUACGGAGCUAGAGGCGCUUAGAAAGAAGAUCCCAUUUGUCAUCUCGAAAUUGGAUAAGAUCUUAUUGGAAGAUGAAAAGUUGGUGUCUGAAGGAAAGAACAAUGCUGAUUUUAAGAGCCGGCUGGAUUCUCUUCUUCUGGAAAAUCGCCAACUGAAAGUUUCACUUUCAGACGCUGCUGAAAAGAUGUCACAGCUUUCUCUGGUUGAGGCAGAUCACCAAAAGUUGAUUCGAAAGCUCGAAUCAGAUGUUGAUGAUUCUCAUACUGAAGCUUCUAUCUCUGUAGAUAUUUAUAGGUGUUUUGUGACGGAGUUUGUGGGCCAUGUUAAAUGUGCAAAACAGGAGACAGAUUUAGAGCAUAGUAUGUUGAGAGAAGCAUAUGAGUUGGUUUUGGAAGAUCUUGCGAGUAAACAAACCCGUGAAAGCAAGGAUGAGUUUGUAGACUCUUGUGUUGAGUCUUUCAUUGUGGAGGAGUGUAAUGCGGUUAUAUACAAAGAAGCCUUGAAAGAAGCUGAUAUGAAAAUUGAAGAAUUGAACAUGCAUGCAACAGAAAAUGAAGAAGCUCUGAGAUCAGAGAUAGUUGACAAGGAAAGACUGAAAGAGGAGAUUCAUCGGCUGGGGGGUCUCGUCAAGGAGAAGGAGGAUUCAAUCGAAACAGCUGAGAAUGACUUGGCCAUAGAGAGGAAGAAACUUGAAGUAGUGUCUCACCAGAUUAAUGAUCUGAAAUCUCGGAUAGAACAGCAACAAACUGAAAUUCAGGAUAAAAACGAAGCACUGGGACUUGUGUCGGCACGCGAGAUACAGAAAAUAGAAGGCUAUGAGACAAAGAUAUCCGAUUUGACACAAGAGCUUGAAUUAGCAAGAGAGAAUUUGGAGAAAACUAAAGAAGAGAAAAGGAAAACCGAAGAAAAGCUAUCGGCGACAAAAGCAGAGGGAGAGAAACUCAAGAAGCGCCUUCUGUCUCUAGACUUAGUUCCUCCUCAACUGAUGCAAGGUUUCAACAUUCUCGAGGGCUUGGUAGCAGAAAAGACGCAAAAAACGAAUUACAGGUUGAAAAACAUGCACAAUCAAUUGUGUGAUCUGUCACAUCAAAUCAGUGAACUGAAGGGGAAAGCAUCGAUGUACAAGCAACGAUUCGAGAAGAAGUCAUCUGACCUCCAAAAAGCCGAGGCGGAGGUUGAUCUUCUUGGCGAUGAGGUUGAAUCACUCUUAGAUCUUCUUGAGAAAAUAUAUAUAGCUCUCGAUCAUUACUCUCCAAUCCUAAAGCAUUACCCUGGCAUUAUUGAGAUCUUGAAGCUUGUCCGGAGAGAGCUUAGCGGAGAAUCAAAAAGACCAGCAGAUUGAUGCGUCCAGUCUCUUUCACACUAGUUUAUUUCUCUUCUUUGCUGUACAGAUCUCUCAGGCUUAUUUGAUGUUUACUUUCUACGAGUCUUUUUUUUGUUUUCAGUAGAUAUAGUUUUUGAUAAUGUAUUGUCAUCAACCGAAAAAAUCUGAUGUUUGAUUACUGUAUUUUUCAAUCUUAGAAUACACAAUUGGAUUACAUUCCAGAGAAA